CACCGCAGACCCGUUCAAUUAGCUCUCACAGGACAAGCUAAAUUCAAGACCCGGGAUUUCCGUUCUAUUUCAAAAUGGUUAUCAAUCUGAAUCCAACGACUCUCACUAAUGCGAACGGCCACAUCAGCCCUAUGGCCAUCAUCAGUCAUACGUUAAUGAAUGAUAUCAUCUACAUGCAAGUGAUAUUACCGGGCGAUGAGUUCUCCAAGUGGGUAACCUUGGAGGAGGCAUUGGCCGUUUGCCCGGCGACAGUCAUUGCCUAUACGCAGGAGACACUGGAGCAUAUCUUUGCUUCGUCCAUUCACGAUGACGAGCCUAGUCUAUUUGAUUGAUAUCCGAUGAGCUUUUCGCCUUCGUCGUCUUUCAUCUUUCCAUGGCUGCUCCCUCUGCUUGAAACCUCGAAGCUG